AUGAUUACAUACACAAAUUCUGGGGACAAUAACAGGCUAACUACAGGCACACGCGUUAGUUACAAUACCAUUGUUCGUUCGGCAGUUAACAGGGGACAUGUAAACAAUAGGGGUUCAGAAGGAAACAUAAGGGUGAUAUCAACAUCAAGGACCCCUCUCAGGGGUUCCAUUGAUAGUCAGAGUUCUUCUUGCAGACCAAGGCCAGAAAACUCUGCGAGGCAUUAUCAGAAUCCGAGAGAACAGCACCCGAACUCGGAGAAUCGUCACAGGGAACCCAUAUCAACCGUGGUGGUGAGAGAAGCUAGGCCUACUCCGGAGAGAAGAACAACAAUAAACAAUGCUCGCGUCAUACCAGACUCUUAUACUUUAUUCGAGGAGUUGAAGAGAUCUGAUGACGACAUAAAAAAAUAUGUCCACAUAUUGUCUACUGGCAAGUCCAGAUCAACAAUAGCAGUCGCAAAAUGUUUACACAAGGCAGUUUCAGACGCACAGAAAGCAUUUAACGACAUUUGCUAUUCUAACGCCCCUCUAUCCAUUUUUGCCAACCCCUUAGAUUUCAACAUCCAUAACAACAACGUAGUUAUGGAUAACAACAUUCCCAUCUUGUUCAAAAUCAACUGUGAGUGCAACAAAAUCUUUACCUUUUACAGAUACAGGGAGUUGGAAAACUACCUAGAAAUCUUUUACUCACAGGAGAUGCCACCGGUUAAAUCCGAGAUCAAAGAGGAACGUUUAGAUGGAGAGCUGCAGAUUCUGUUCUCCAACAUAAACCUGAGGAUCCAGUUGAUCACAAGGUACCUGUAUUUCAUGAAAAGCAACUAUCAAGAACACAUUCGUGAGGUUGCAGAAUUCCAACACAGAACCGGGAUGAUCACUGAGAUAGGCAACAACAGAGAGCUAUCCAAAAUAAUGCCAAUGCUGUUCCGCAUGUCAAAUCGCAUAGACCACCUUAUCUCUCUAGUCUCUUCCCACAAUUUCAUAAUAUACAGACUGAUUUAUGACAUAACGAAAAUCAAAAACAAGCAUUUGAGAAUCAGUUUGUUUAGAAGGGAGCUAGAUAAUUUGGAUAUAGUGAUCAGGCUCAUGGCAGACUACAACAACACAUCAAGGGCUAUUAAGAUAAUUAAUUUCUACAACGAUGACUUUAUCACACUGUUGGCGAAGUUGGACUCCGACUCAAUGGACACUGGAGCUGUUAUAGAGUGGAUUCUAUCGAUUAGGAUUGAUCACUACAGACAGACGUACCUGACGUCAAUCUGCCCCAAUUCAGCAGAUAGGACCACAAGGGUAGAAGAAAACAAUGCUGUUGGUUCUGGAGUAAUUCAGAAUGAGGAGUCAGUGGUUGUUGGUUCUGGAGUAAUUCAGAAUGAGGAGUCAGUGGUUGUUGGUUCUGGAGUAAUUCAGAAUGAGGAGUCAGUGGUUGUUGGUUCUGGAGUAAUUCAGAAUGAGGAGUCAGUGGUUGUUGGUUCUGGAGUAAUUCAGAAUGAGGAGUCAGUGGUUGUUGGUUCUGGAGCAAUUCAGAAUGAGGAGUCAGUGGUUGUUGGUUCUGGAGUAAUUCAGAAUGAGGAGUCAGUGGUUGUUGGUUCUGGAGUAAUUCAGAAUGAGGAGUCAGUGGUUGUUGGUUCUGGAGCAAUUCAGAAUGAGGAGUCAGUGGUUGUUGGUUCUGGAGUAAUUCAGAAUGAGGAGUCAGUGGUUGUUAGUCCUGGAGUUAAGAAGAUUAAGAAGGGUAAGAAGAACGAUGCUGAUGACGAUUUUGAUCGUACGAUAAAUGAUUUUAUUGCGUCUUCCAACCAAACAGAACAAAGACAGUGUGAUAGCCAGAGGAGAGGAGCACAAGGAAAUUAUAGAAAUAAGUACCAGAGUAACGGAAGAGUUGGGAAGAAAUCAAAGGCGAAGAAUAAGAAAAAGGGAAAGAAAAACAAUGGAGGCCAAGGUGCGCCAAUAUCUGGACAAAAUGGAUCUGGUGAAUUGAUCAUGGAUUCAUUUGUGUUCGAACAGGCAGGAGAGACGUCUGAAGUGGUUCCUUCAGAGUCUCCAAUAGAGAUCAAAAUGCCCUCAGAUAUAAGUGACCAGGAGCCAGUACCUGAGGAAGUUUCAGAUCUCAUAGGUCCCCAUGGAGGUGUGAAGACGGGAGUAGAAGACAGAAUGGCUGUAGAGGUAACGCCAAGUACAUCGGCCUCAGAUCAGGCGAGAAUGGUAGGACUGAGGACCGAGGAGGAAAGCAGCGAGGAAUCAGAAAGAACACCAGUUUCAGACGAAGGUCAAAGCCCAGACUUUAAGAGUAGCAGACAACAGACGCCGUCAACAUCUGAAACAGGAAGAGAAGAACCAGGAGAGGUGGAAGGAAAUGCGGAGGAGGAACCAGAGGAAACCGUGGAAACCGAGGAAACCGAGGAGCAAGAAAAUGAUGGAGCCCCAGACACAAUUAAUUAUAUAUAUACAGAAAACCUGCGCUUGGUAAAUCAUGAUCUAGGAUUCACCUCAGGAUUAAGUUUGUUAAAGAUGUAUAACUACCUGAUGAUGACCGGAGAAUACGAUCGCAAGCCGCAGGAGGCUUUCAAUGUUGACUAUGCCCUGAAGAUGCUGGAACAUUUGAAAAAUAAAGUAUUCAAACUCGACUGGCAUCUGGGUGUCAUAACAGAGGCAAUAAACGUGUUGAUACCGGCCUCAGCAAAUAUCAAGUUAGGCGAGGACCAGGACGGCUCAAUGUUAAAAGUCUCGAGGAAGGUGCUCUUGGGAUUGAUUCUUGAUUGGACCACAGUGAUGACAGCGAUGCACAACAUAUCGUCACUGUCAGACUACAUUAACCUUAUGAUUUUUAAUAACAAUCUUAGUUCGGAUAGCCUGACAAUGCAACUGAACAUUGUCAAUGAGAUUAUGGCAAACGUGUUUUCUGAAUACAAUUUUUGCUCAUACCAGAUUACGCAGUUAACAUCGUACAUGCAUUAUAAGGGCGAAACACCAUAUCUAAUACCAGAGGAUCACUGCAAUGAUGGCAACAAUGAGUCGGAGGAACGAUAUGAGAGAUCAGUGGAUGAACAAUCGGAGGAAUUAACAGAGGAACAAUAUGAGGAAUUACUGAGGCAAUUUCCAGAGGAAGAAUCGAAGGAACAACCGGAGGAAUCAGAAGAGCAACAACUUGAGGAAUCAGAAGAGGAACAACCGGAGGAAAAACCAUCAGUGUUAUUAUUUUUGUAUCCAAACGAGAUUAUUUGGGGAUGGUUGGAUGGAGCACUGAGAAACCAAAAAUACUCCAGAGAAGUGGCCAUUGACGAUAUUUACAAAGGGCAACCUUUACACUGGAAGAGUCAACCACUGAGUUAUCACACCACAACAAUCGAUCGCUUAUCAACCGGCACCCACGAAAAUUCAACCACUGAGUUAUCACAUUACAACAGUCAAGCACGUCGUCAGCUGUCAGCCCACAGCUCCACAACCAAUCUUAGUAGCUACCACAGCCUAAGAUUCGUCAACACUAGCAACCUUUACACUGGAAGAGUCAACCACUGA